AUGGAGCUGAAAAAUCCAUUCUUGAUGCUAACGGUUCCGGAGCGGCUUCGUGCAAACAAAGAGCUCAUCGAAAACCUGAAAGUCAACGCCCAGCACCUGAUCACCCAUUUCGACCUCCACGCGACACUACUGCAUAUUUUGGAGGAUCCCGAAAACUUCGUCGCCAAACCCGUGGUCGACCCGAAUAACGCGACCUCGAUUCUACGGCCGCUGAGCCCAGCCGAGAAUAGGUCGUGCCGUGAUAUACCAGUGCCGGCCAGCUAUUGCCUCUGCGAAUUCGAUAAGGAGCCUCUCAGCCCCGACAAAUACCGGGAAAUGGCCGACUAUGCGGUGCGCGAAAUCAACCGCAAGCUUGCCGACGAGCGGCUCGCCGGGGUGUGCGCCAACCUGACGCUUGGCUCGGUCAUUUCCGUCGAAGCGUACGCCCCGGAAAUGGUGACAAAACUGUACGAGAUUACGUUUGACUUACAUCAGAAUCGCGCAAGAUUUCGAGCCACGAUCCGUGGUGAUGUCAUGGUGCCAUCUACUUUCGAGCUAACCGGUGGCGUCGAUCGCAUAAACGAAUACGGGAAGACGGCCGAUUGUAUUGCCGACCAAAAACCACAAAUGAGUCCUUACUGCUACUGCACGGGUGCUAAACUA